CGGCGGCGUACGCAUGCGCAGUCGAAGUGUUUGCCAUGUGAGCUUGGAUAGACGGUCUUGAAAGAAGAGAAUUAGCCAAGGACAUGUCAUACUGCAGGAAAGAAGGUAAAGAUGAAAUCAUCUUUGCUACAAAAGAAGACCUCGCAGUGCCAAGUACUGCCAUUAUUAAAGUUGAUGUUGAAGCAGAGGAGCAAGAGGAGCCAGGACUGAUCUUACCAUCAGGGGAAAUAAACUGGAACUGUCCCUGUCUUGGUGGGAUGGCUAGCGGACCUUGUGGUGUGCAGUUUCGGGAGGCGUUUUCCUGCUUUCACUACAGUGAAGCAGAACCAAAAGGCUCAGACUGCUAUGAACAUUUCCGGAAAAUGCAAGACUGUAUGGCGGGCUAUCCUGAACUAUACCCUGGGAAAGAGGAUGAAGAAGAGGGCAAAGAAUUUAGCAACAUAGGUAGUGCAGAAGUGGAUGAAGUCCAGACAGACUCUACUAAUGCUGAAGACGAUGAAAGUCACAAAAUAAAGGAUGUUUCUUCAGCAUCAUGACAAACUGAUGUCUUAGGCAUUGUCUUACUUGCAGUUUGCUGCUUGAGCAAGUCUUUGUGCAUGUUGUAAUGAGGUUUCACCUCUUUUUAAAGAAAGUAGAAAGUAUAGUAUUUCUCCUGUAAUUGGAAAGCUUUAAGGAAAUUUUGGGAAAGAAGCUAGUUUAUAUGUUCCUUCAUCCCCUAAACAGAAUAUUCAAACCUACCAACCUCUGAAUGACAAAAAGAUACAUUUAUGUGAAAACUGAUUAGAAAGCAGCCAUAGUUAUAAAAACCCCGACAUGUGAACAGUAAAGCAAACGAUCACUGCUCAUUCAGUGGAAGGAAAUGGAAGCUUGCAUAGCUUGUUGAUAAUGUUUGAGGAAGCUUGGUGAAUUGUGUGGGUAGUCAGUUGAACUCGUAAACAUGAAAAGAUCAGGAAAAAAGGUCAGCAUAAAAGUGAUAGCAGCAAGAACUGUCUUUUUUUUUUUUUUUUUUUUUUUUGACCAGAAACGAUGAUGAUUUAAAGAGUAAGAAAAGCUACAACUGGAGGGAAGUAAAUAUAUUGUUGCAUUUUAAUGAAUAUAAGACAGAAGUGAAUAAUUAACAUAGAUAGUUGUUUUCUGUUCUUCAAAGUUUUUUCAGACGAUCAUUUUGAGUUAAUGUGUAAGAUUGUAAAUGGAGCAAUGGUCAUAACCAUUAAGAGUACAUACCUAUUUUAAAGAUUGAUAGAUAUAGCAGUUAUAACAUCGUGCUGCUUUUGUAGAAAAGUUUUUGCACUUUUGUAAUAGAGCUUGUAUGCUCGUUUGUAAGCCAAACAGUACAAGUAUGGAACAUUUCAAAGCAAUGUUAUGAGUGGAGUUAGUGGCAAUUCUGUGAGAGUGGGUGAGGGUUUUUUUUUUUUUUAAUUAUAUUUUAUGGAUUUUUCCAGAGUGGUCUUUUUAAUAUCAUGAAUGAAUGUAUAUCACUAAAACUGGCAUUUGUUGUCUGAUAAAUAGUUCUACUGCUCAGCUUUACUGGCAUGUCAGUGUUUUUCAGUCCAGUGAUGUCUCAAAAUGGGAGGUACUUAAGUGGAAAGUAGAUCUGACAACAGACUGUCUUUACACCAGGCAUCAGAGUAAGUCAUUGAUAAAAGAUAAGGAUGGUGCUGGAAAUGAAAACUCAAUGUAGGAAAUCAGGGUUGGGUGGCUCCUAAAAUAAUGAUUGCCCAUUAAGAAAAAACUUUAUUUCUUCUGAUCAACAACAGCUUUGGCAGUAUCCCUCUUUACAGUUAAAUUUGUACAUUUUUCUCAUCUUUGCAUCCCCAUCAGUUCUUGUGCUUUUAGCAACUGCCUUAAUUCGCACCCUGACAGAACAAACAGCUAUAGGUUGCACAUACAGCUUAUGUUAUCUUCAACCAAGUAGUUUUCUAGCCUAGUCAUUGUAGAAUUGUUUUUAUGCUAUUUUAGCAUCUUUCCAGUUUGUGAUCCAUUUCAGUUUGGCACAACAAGCAGUGGGUUGAACCUAAUGUUUAUUAAAUUCUCCUGAAAAAUGGUGAUACAGCUUUCAGAAGCAGAAAAUGUUAAAAUAAUGACCAUAAUUUAGAGCUGCAUCCUUUCUGCUCUCUGGCAGAUCUGUAUGUAGGAUCAUUGCUUAAUUGACUGUUUUCCUAAAGUCAUAGAAUGGUAAUAAUUUUGUAACCACAAGUUUGGUUUUUGUUUUCUUGACUGUGCACUUCUUUUGCUUUUUGCAAAUGGAACAAUCAUGUUACCAAGGCAUGAAUAAUUUCAUGGUUGUCAUUAUUUUUCUUUCAGUGUAGAGGUUGGUUGAUGAAUGUGUAUGUAUUUCGGCAAAAAAAAAAGUAUUUUGGUGUGUACGUGGUUUUAAAGUUAGCACCAAUAUAAUAAUAUUAACAAGUAUUCUGAUAUCUGCAUUUUGUGGUAGGAUGGAAGGUGUUACUGGCUAUUCAGAUUUGAGUGUACUUCAGUUCCAUUCAGCCUAUGUGGGUGUUUGAGUGAUAGCUUGGGUUUGUGAAAAAAAAUACUAUCCUUGCUUGGAAAUGGCAGUAGAUGAUUUGGAUCGUUUGAGGUAAAUUGUUAAGUUGUUUAUUAAUGGAGUGGUCAUUGUAUCUAGUAAGAGUGUAUGUAUGGCUUUAGAUUUUAGGAAUGGACAAAAGCCAUAAUAAUUUCGUACAGGUGUGCAAGACUUUAAUAAUAAAAUGUUAUCAGAAAAUAA